UAGUUGUGACGACUAAAAUUACAAAAAAUGGCUCUGAUUUUGAGGUGGGUGGAUAUAUCUUGUUAGAAUAUUGCAGAGAAAUGCCAAUUUUUGGUCGCAUUGACAGAAUCAUUUUGGACAAUGACGAUUGUCACUUUGUAGUUAAAAAGUUUAGUAGUGAGUAUAUUGCUCAAUACGCUGGAUACAAACUUUAUGAAUCCGGACUAUCCAUACUUAUUGACUCUAAUGAUGUAAAAUAUUUUCAAUGCUUUUAUUCUGCUAUAUCAUUUAGCAAUGACUCAGAGCAUUUUAUUAUUCUGCCAAUAAUAUAUAUUUAAACUUAUUGUGGUAGUAAACAAUAAUUUAUUGAGGGGAUAUCCAAAAAUCAAGAUAAUUUAACUAUAAAUGAACAUAAGUUCAUAACAUAACGUAGGUUCACAUAACUCCCAUUUGCGCCAUAUGUAAAAAUGGGAUGUACAUAAUGCAUCACGAGGGGAAGAAGGGUUUGAAAACUCUGCAUUUUUUCGUGAAAUAAUUUAUGGGCGUUCCCUUCAAAUUAUUAUGUAAGUUGUUAAUAAAUAUAUAAUUUAGGAUUCAUAGUCAUCAGUUUUUAGCGGAUCAAUAUUAGAUGAAGCCGAAAUAAGAGAACGGGGGUUAAACAUUUCGCCAACAUUGUUUAGCAAACCUGAGCGGAAACGUAACCCACCAAAUUUUCAGCCAAGCAAUUUAUUUGAAGACAUAUCACCAAAUCACGAAGAAUUGACAACCAGAGAGCCUAUUAUUAACGAGUCGUCGCAAGGAGAGAUCAUUAACCAAAUCUCCGAUCCAAUUCCCAUAGAGAUUGAUGGCUCAUUUCUGCAAUUACAUAGUACCGAUGAAUUAGAAUCUGGACCAUUACACCAGAUUAACUUCUCGAACAACAAAUCCAAUGUCCUGAACGUUCCGAGGAUCCAGAAAAAAUUUUAUGGAUUCGUGAAUGAUUAUUUUUUGCUAUUUAUUUUAACAGCCUUAACAAUAAUUCAUAGAAAUUAACAGUAAUUAAUUUUGUAGAGCAUCCAGUCCGUGCUUUUGGGAACCGAAUCCACUAGAAGAAUUUUAAAUGAAAAAAUUCCGGCCAAAAGGAUGCUAAUCCGGGAAGAUAGGAUUGCAGUGACUAAUGCGUUGGUUGAUGCUUUGAUAGCAAAUUUAGGAGUUAGUCCAAGCAAAGAAGCUUUACAUCAAUUAGCAUUGGAUUUAGUGACUAGUUAUCCAGAACUAGGAGAUUCUAGGAAGAAGAAUUUUGGAUCUACAAUGUGGUUCCAAAAUAUCACUCAUGGUUCAGGAUCACCAGGUUAUUUAAUGGAACGCAUUAAAAACCAGCGCAAGAAAUUGGAGUCACGUAAAAACACCGACUAUCAUGACGAGACAGAUAUUUUGUCCUCGUGCUGGGAUUCUGAACCUGAUGAUGAUGAAUAACUAAUUGUAGUAAAUAAACAUUAUUCGUGCAUAUACAUUAUUACAACAAAUUAUAGAUAACCCUGAGCCGGAUGAAAAAGUUUUAGAAUUUUUACGACAGAAUAAGGGUCAGGAUGUUCUUCCUACUAUGAAAUCUUCCACAUUUAUGAGGCGAACUGUAAUUCGCGAAGAAAUGCAACAGAACUUGGUAGGGUUUCGAAGGAUCCCGUCAAUUUUACCACGCUUGUUUGAUAUUAAGGGAAUGAUUGUUGAAGACUUCAAUUCGAGACAUCCAAGGCUUAGUCUUGUGAUGUAUGAGCGGUGGCCGAAAGCCUCGAAAUUGCUCCUCACCUAUGCAGAGGAAAGUGGCGUUGAUUACCAAAAAAAAUUGGAUAUUCGAAAGCCAAGGUGUGACUUAACUGGGGAUGACAUAGCAUUGAUUGCGUUCAGCCUCCUGCCACAUAUUCUCCCAUCCUGUGCUCGUAAAAUAAACCCUGCGCCCACUGGGGACAAUAAUAUUAGUCAGUCGGACAGCGGUCCUAAGCCAAAGCGAGUUAAGAGAUCAAUAAAAGCAACAGAUUUGGAUGCUCGGAAUAGCUUGAUAAUAUUUAGAUCUAAAAAUACGCAUGUCGCGGAAGUCCUGAGUGAGAAUAAGAAUGUUGCCCCCCUCAUACUGGCUCUUGGUUCUACAUACGAUUUAAGGAUUGAGUCUUACUUCGUAAUUUUAGAUAGGAUGGCUAUCCCUUGUGGGGAUAGUUUCUUUGUAGCCUUAGAUACAUGCAUUAAAAUCUUUAGUGUUUUCUACCUGCCCCCUCCGGUUGAAGCAAAAAAUGUAUGGUUAUUUUUGUUACACGGUAUAGCUGGAAAACCCUGCGAUAACUCAACAUUAACCCCGGUUGUGCAAGCUCUAAUCGGCCAAAUAAUGCCCAGGUUGUAAUUUUAACUAGUAAAUUAUAUUUUAUUAGUGAAAUUUUUAAUUGUUGCAAUAUUUUAAGCAAUACUGUU